AUGCAGCUCAACAGCACCUUCAAAGAGAUGCCUUGCAAGAAGCAGCUUGAGUGGACGAUUUGGACUGGCCCACAUGCCGUACCACUCGGAUGGAAUGGCGACUUUUCUUUGAAGCCAUUUGGUCCGAACUUCACAGUGUACUUCGAGCGCCUUCCCUAUGCAAACUGUCAGCGGGAAACAUGGGAGGGCUUCGACAAGACGCUGAAGGAAUUCAAGACGUUCCUCCGAGAGAAUGGACCAUUUGACGGAGCAAUGGGCUUCGACAUGGGUGGCGAGUUCCUUGUGCACGUCGCCGGCUUGGCGACUGAGGGAGAUCCUGACCUGAAGGAGGCAUUCCGUUUCCUCAUGCUGUUUACCAGCACGGCUCCCAAGCACCUUUCACCCAUGGGCAAAGACCGCAUCAAGGCACCUUUGCAAAUUCCAACGAUCUGUAGCUGGAGCAAUUCGGAUGAAAACCAUCCGUACAUGGAGUAUGAAGAGCUUCCAUUGUUCAUCCAUCCAAACUUCAGGGAAGUGAUAGUCCAUCAUGACGGGCACAAGCCGCCGAUAUUGAAGAAAGAACAGGCAGUUUUCCGGCGUUUCGCACGCUUCCUGGAUGCGAUGGAGAAGGGAAGAGAAUUUGCCCCUUCGGACCACAGCGACAAUGCAGUGCGCUCGAAGCUUUGGUUGCCGGUGCAGCGAUCAGCUCCAAGCCAGGCGAAGGCAGAGAAGAGGCGGUUGCUCGUCGUGCCGGAUCCCGUGGGCGUGGGAGCCGACCUUCCAAAGGCCAUUGAAGCCCUACAAGCGAUGCAAGCCAGAGGCGAGCCUAUCGAAAGCCAGGGAGAGCCGUUUGUCAGCGGCGGCACGCCUCCCAAGCCAAUUCAGCGCCUGGAGCUCUUGGCGCAGGUGUGCCAAGCAUCGCCUGGGAUUUUUCAGCAGGCUGCAUCAGACUCAUCAGCCAUUGACGUUCAAGGUGUAAGUUUCACUGACGAGCAAUCGAACAUCCAAUGGCACUGCAACAGUGCCGAUGUCCCUUCACGACAACUGCUGAGCAAGGAUAUCAUCGAUGACGAGAAGCGAGACUCUGAUGCGCAAGAGAUGGCUCGACGAUUCUUGGAGGAUACCAAGGCUGGGGACGCGCCGAUGGCUCUCGUGGGACUUGGCACCGGAGCCUUCAUCGCCUUUGCCGUCGCUCGAGAACUUGUCUCCAAGGGCAUCCGGCCCUUGGGACUUUGGUUGGUAAAUCCACCGCUUCGCCUGCCCUGGUCAUGCACCAGCGAACCCUGCAUACUCAAGGACUGCCCCGUCCAUGUGCUCGUUGAUCGCGACUCCACGUAUGGCCCGCCGUGGCGCUACGAGGUGUCGACCUGCGGCCCCUUCACCACACGCCUCUUCGAAGACCUGGAGGAGAUGGUGAAGAUUGUCCUCUCGGAUGAACCGAGAGCACUGCACCUUGCAGCAGAAGCGGAAGAUCGACGAGGCGAUGGGCCAAUGUCGCUGCUUUUCCUGCAGUGCCCCGAGUCUUUUCAACUCCAGGCAACGGCUUUCUAUGAGCAAGCGGGGUUGGCACUACUCACGCUCUCGCGAAGUCUACCAGCUUUGCAGCUGCAAGAUCUUGCUCUGCCUUUCGCAAGAGCCGGAUUGCUCGACCGCGCUGUCCCGUUCGAUCUCCUUACAGAGGAUACUCGACACUUCUUCAAGACGGCUGCACUGGCUGCCCCACCGCCACCGUCACUGCUGAAAGUGCAGGCUUCAUCCAUUCAGGAGCUGGCCGACGACGGGGCGCCAGGAGACGCCGAUGACCAGUCGGCAGCUGGGAGGCAGUCCGCAAUUGGAUCAGAUAGCGGGUGCUUGUUGGACCUCCUCUUGGAGGAGUUGCAGUCUCUGGGUGCAGCGAACGAACUUGCAGCUGGAAGGCAUGACGGCGCACGUUUUGCCAGACUGCUAGCAAGAUAUGCCGGCCUGUUGCCGGCAGGUAAUGCAGAAGGCUCUUCCGCGAGGUUCGUGGCCCCGGCUGUGCUAGAUCCGAUCCUAAGGUGCCUGGGAGUUGUCCUGAAAGACUCCGCCCGAAGUUUGACCUUUUCCGACCUUGCGGCUGCUUUGGAAACACUUGCAGACGCUGGGAUUCGGCCGCGCAGUGUACUGGAGGCACUGAUGUCUGCAGCAGAGGCUUGCCAAUUUCCUGCUGUACAAGAUGAUGCUGCAGCAUCCGUUGCUGCGCUGCUGCACGGUUGGAGAGCUUCAGGACAGCAGCUGAGCCCAACCCUACGACAACGCCUUAAAGACUUCUUGUCCCAACUCGAG